UCUCACUUUCUCUGAUAUCAAAACAGCUUGUUUUGUUCACCCAUGGAUUUCCACACUCUCACCAGGAAGGCUCUCCAGGCUUUGUGCAAGCAUAACGGAAUCCCGGCUAACAUCACCAAUGUCGCCGUGGCCGAUUCUCUCUCGGCUCUUCCACAUGUUGAAGGGCUUGAAGAGUUGAUGAACCAAUCUCCAGAGAAAAUCAUGAUUGGAUCAGCAAGUGUCUUUCGUACUGCGGCUAGGACUACCACUAGCUGUUCUGCGACGAAGAAGACAAUUGGUGAAGAGGUGGACAAGGAAAAGGCUGAGGUUCCAUCUAAGACGCCUGCUGCUCCAAGCACCAGGAGGAGGGUUGCAACUGCUUCAGCUCGCCAGACGACGGAGACUGUAGUAGAUACAACUUCUGUGCAGUGUGGUAUAAGCACCCGGCGGUCAGUGAGGUUGUUGGGGAAGACCAUGUCUAAGAUGAGCCUGGAUAAGGAUAACACCAUGGCUUCUAGCAUUCAUGAACAUUCUGCAGAUACCAUGGAUUGCUCAAAGCAAUCUGAGAGCUCAGUUGUUAAGGGAUCAGAUAUGCAGACGGUAUCAGAGGGAAGCUCAAACGGAAUUGAUGCUAGUGAAGUGUUGUCGGAGAUAAAUUCAAACGGACAAGUUGUGGAUGAAACUCUGGUGAAGGUUAACAAGAUGGAUGUGACUGAAGUGCAGGAAGAGGGUCCAAUGCAGGGUUCGAGAACGGAAUCUGAGGAGCCUACUUUAAAGGCAGCUUCAGAUGUCAUUAUGAUUUCAGAGGUUAUGGAUGAAUCUUGUGAAGAGAGCUCAGCUAAUAAGGAACCUCGUAAUGAAGGAGCACAUGAUGCGGUAGUUGGCAAAGAGUCUGAUGGUGUUAUUACUACUCCAUCUGUACUGCCACAAGUAAAUGAACCACCAACUACUGUGAAUAGUGUUGAGCUCAUUUCAUCAAUUCUCAAUUCCACUCCUACUAAGAGUCUGGCAAACAAAACUUCUUAUGUGAAUGUGGCUUCCACCAUACCAGAGCCUAAAGAGGCUCCCAAGACUGAGGCGUUGGCUUCAUCUGAGCUUCAGGAUAACAUGAAUAAUAUCAGUGAAGCAAGUGAAGAAGAAGCUUCUGAUGAUGAAAGCACUGGAGGAGAAUCUAGUGAAGAGAAAGACUCAAAUGAUGACAUCACUGAAGAAGAAUCUAGUGAGGAUGAAUCAGAAAAGCAAAGUGUUCAGAAUAGCUUGAUUGUUGAAACUGCUAAGGCAGAAGUGACUCAAACAUCUUCACCUUUGCCGGUUAACCUUCCAACUCAGUUUCCUCGUCCAACUUCAGCAAAGUCUUCAGGCAAAAAGAGACCAGAAACGGCAGUGUACUUUUCUGAUGACAAUGAGGAAAGCUUGGACACUAGUACUGAGAUGGACAAGGAUGAGGACCUUGAGGAAGUUGAGAUGAAGAAGGAUCAUGUUGCAAAGGAGAAUGUGAAGGAAUUCGAGGCUAAGAGUCUAAGGGAGCUUAAGAAAUUGCUGAAAAGUCAACUGAAUAUUGGGGACAGUAAGGACACCAAGGUGGUAGAUAAGGGGAGAGUUGCCCUGAGUGAAGUGCCAGAGAACCAAAUGGUUGUCAAGGAAAACUGA